AUGUCGAGUAGUAAUGUUGGUUCUGAAAUUGAAGGUGAAUUAUCUAAAGAAAAACAAAAUCUAUUAGAAAAAUUAUCAAAUAUAUUUGAUCCUGAAACAGCUUAUGAUUAUGUGUGUCCAAAAACAAAUGAAAAUCGUCAACAAUUAUCACUUGAAGAAUUAAGACGUCUCAAUUAUAAUCAACAAGAAGAAAAUUUACAGCGAUUGCGUUCGUUGGUACAUUAUAAGACCACAACGCAAUCGCUAUCACGUGCCGAUCUUGAAGCUUCAUAUCAAUCAUUUGUUCGUGAUCAAGUUGCUCGACAAUCUCCACGUUAUGAACUUGAACAAUAUGUACGAAAUAGUUCAGAUAUAGACUCUGCAAAACGUUAUGUAGACAUGGCUAAUGAUGUUUUAGUAAAUCCUCAGCAGUCUUUAUUAUUAUUUCGUUCAUCAAAACUUAAUGAACAAAAAGCAAAUUUAUUAAAAUCAUCUCGUUAUAGUAAUAGUUUACAACAAUUAAAUGAUGAUCUAAGUCUACAAAAAUAUUUUUCAGAAACAUUACAUAAUACUUCAAAAAAUCCUAUUCAAGAUGAAGAAGAAUUUUUCAAUAGUAAAAAACCACCAACUCGUCUUCCAUCAAUGCAUCUUGAAUAUAAAGAAAAAAAAGUUCAUGUUAAAUUUUUAAAAGAUUAUGAUGAACAUAAUGAAAUAUAUCGUCGAAAAACUAAUCGUCAUUUAUUUUUAAAAAAACAAUUAACUACAAGAGAUAUUGAAUCAUUAUUUAGUACAGAAAAUUCUACUAUACAAGGUCAACCAUCAGAAUUAAAUACAUCAACUAUACAUCGUGAAACUUUUCCACCAUUAUCUUUAUCUGCAUUAAAAGAAUAUCGUCCAUCUGUUACACCUAAACCACCAUUAUCUCGAAGGACAUCAUCAUUAACAAAUAAAAUUCAACAACGACGAAAAUCAAUGCGUAAAGCAGAUUUUAUAUGGAAUCAAUCAAUUGUUUCAUCAACAACACAUGAAUGA